UUGGCAAUUGGACUGAAAAGUCUCGGCGCUCCUUGGGAUUUCAUUGUGUUAAGCUCCUGGUGGUUACUGGCGACGCUCUUUAGGAUUUCAUUGUGUUCUUUUAAGCUCCUGGUUGCUACUGGCCCACAGCACGCAGCAGGAAGAGAAUAAACCUGGAGCCCAAGGCUGCUUCCGGCGGUCGGAAGUAGCGUCAUCACCCGGCGCCAGGAAGAAGGCAGAGCUCUAACAAGGUGGAAUACCAUGCUCAGCCGCCUGCAAGAGCUCCGCAAGGAGGAGGAGACUCUGCUGCGUCUAAAGGCAGCCCUGCACGACCAACUGAACCGCCUCAAGAUGUCAGUGCAUGUAGACAAUGAAGCAUCAAUCAAUCAAACCACACUGAAGCUGAGCACAAGGAGCCCUAUGGAGGAAGAGGAGGAAGAAGAGGAGGAGGAAGAAUCUGAUUCGUAAAAGGGGACAAGAGCUAGGGUUAGUUUUACAAACUAAACUUCUAAGUCUCGGGCAUUUCAUCUCUUCAAAGAUGUCCUCUUGCCUUGGGCCCUAAAGCCUAUGUGAAAGAGGGUUUAUACUUGUGAAUGGGAGUGGCUCCAUUGGUAAAGUAUAUACAUACAAAUAUGAAGGACCUGUGUAAGAAGCUGGGUACAGUGUCACAUGCCUAUAACCCCACAAUGGCGAUAGGAAGGCCAACAGACCAGCCAAAACAGUGAGCUCUGGGUUCCCUGAGAGACCCUAUCUGAAAACUACAGUGCUGCUGGGCACGCCUGUAAUCCCAGCACUCGGGGA